UCACUUCCUGUGACGUAAUUCAUUUUCCGGUUCCAACAUGGCAGCGCCCGUCGCAAAUGGUGUGUCUGUGGAAGAAAAUGCUGUUGAAAACCAUAUUUCAGCGAUUGAUAAAACAAUCGAAGAUCAGAAAAGACCUCAAUUUGGGACUCGGUUUCUAACAGACCCUCGACAAGUAUUUCAACACAAUGCAUGGGAUAAUGUUGAGUGGUCAGAGGAACAGGAAGCAGCAGCCCGAAAGAAGGUUGAGGCGAAUAAUCAGCCUCUCCCUGCUGAAAAACAAGAGGACUACGACAGUAAUGCAGACAAAUACUGGAAUGAUUUCUACACCAUCCACGAAAACCGGUUCUUUAAAGACCGCCACUGGCUCUUCACGGAGUUUCCUGAGCUGGCCCCGCAAUGUAAGCCUCAUGAGAGUACGGAGGAGGACGAGGAGGGAGAGGAGGAUGCUCAUCCUGACCACGGGAAUGGAGAAGUGGACAGCUCUCAUCAAGAUGGAACAUAUCCCGGGGCAUCAAGCUCUUAUCGAAUUAUGGAGGUGGGCUGUGGUGUGGGGAACACCGUCUUCCCCAUCCUCAAGACCAACAAUGACCCAGGACUGUUUGUGUACUGCUGUGAUUUCUCGAAUACAGCAGUAGAACUGGUGAAGUCAAACCCAGAGUAUGACACUGACCGGUGCCACGCCUUUGUUCAUGACCUGAGUGACGUGUCAGCCCAGUUCCCAAUGCCAGACGGGAGUCUAGAUGUCAUCAUACUCAUCUUCGUCCUGUCUGCUCUUCAUCCUGACAAGAUGCAGGCGUCCAUAUCAAGGCUCGCUCAGUUGUUGAAGCCGGGGGGAAUGCUGUUGCUAAGAGACUAUGGGCGCUAUGACAUGGCGCAGCUACGGUUCAAGAAAGGGAGAUGUUUAUCUGAUAACUUCUAUGUCCGGGGAGACGGCACACGAGUCUACUUCUUCACUCAAGAUGAGCUCCACAGCCUGUUCUGCGACGCCGGGCUCCAGAAGGUGCAGAACUUGGUGGACCGGAGACUGCAGGUGAACCGCGGCAAGCAGCUGACCAUGUACAGAGUCUGGGUCCAGUGCAAGUACCAGAGGCCUCGUCUAGACCAUGAGGACGCAAAGGCAGAGGACUCGGAGGAGAAGCGGUGUGAGAGCUAGGGAAGUGGGGGUGCACACUUGGUCUCUCCCAGUGAGAGUGAGAGCCUUGCAUGCCAAGACUGUCCAAUUGACACACAUGGAAAGUUUAGCUUCCGACCUGAGGAGGACGGACAUUAGCAGCUGUCGGCCAAAGGACUGGUGCUGUCGACUGAAUCUGUUAAGUGCUUUUCAGUCAUCAUCUUGAGUUUGAGGUGUUACCAUAAGGAUUGGAGAGCGUACCACGUAGCCAGACACAGAGGAAUCUGUGUGUGAAAUUUACUUGAACUCACACAAAGUCAGCGAAUGAUGCAAAUGUCUCUGUUAUGAAGGUUGUUCUUCACUUCCUUUACUAUAAACAGAAAAUCAUUUUGAGACUGUUCAAACAAAUAAUGCAAAUAUUUCACAAAUGGAUUCAUAAUGUCUUAUAUGAAUAAUUAGGGCCUACAUACAUUUCACUAGCACAGACAUGUAUUUGUGUAUACAGCAAAUCAUUUUAAUCCACUUUUAACAUCAGCUGACAUAAGAGCUGAACAUUGUCCAGUCUGGAGAAACACCACUCAUAUUGCACAUGUGAGCAGCACGAGUGUGGGGAUCUUACCUAGACAAUUCAGUAUGGGUUACCAAGACUCUGUGCAAACAGAAAAAAUGUAAAGUACAGAGACACACACAAAAAGACCUAAUUUUAGCAGCAUGGAGAUUCAAGGAGUCUGAGGGUAUUUCAUUCAGCUGUUUUCGUUUGGCAAUCCUGUCUCACUUUUAUUCAUAAUUAUUUUUGGAGAAAUUCCUUUGUAUGCUGUUGCAAUUAAAAUUUGUCAUUACUACCUUUUAA